AUUUUACUUCCGCUCGGUCUAUGAGGACUGAUGAAAUGUAGGAAAUCUGUUUCUGGCAGGGAGAAAAAAUCGUUUUCCCAAACAGCACUAAAAGGAGCCAUCAGAGAAGUAUGAAGACGGGUAGUGCGGCUGUAGCUGCUGCCGCUGCCGCCAGGCUGGUGGGGUGCGGGGAGCGGCUGCUGCAGGACCUGUGCCUGGAGGGGGCCGGCCCCGAGAAGCUGCAGGAGCCCAGCCCGGAGCCCAAGCGCCUCUGAGAGCCGCCAGCAGCCCAGCUCGGGACGCGGGGGUAUCACAAGUGGAUAAAUAAUGUGCACUGCUCUGAGCCCAAAGGUACGCAGUGGACCUGGCCUCUCUGAUAUGCAUCAGUAUAGCCAAUGGCUAGCCAGCAGACAUGAAGCUAAUUUGCUACCAAUGAAAGAAGAUCUGGCCUUGUGGUUAACCAAUCUAUUAGGGAAGGAGAUUACAGCAGAAACUUUUAUGGAGAAGUUGGACAAUGGUGCCUUGCUCUGUCAACUUGCAGAAACUAUGCAGGAGAAAUUCAAGGAGAGUAUGGAUGCUAACAAGCCCACAAAGAAUCUACCGUUGAAGAAGAUCCCAUGCAAAGCCAGUGCACCCUCGGGUUCCUUUUUUGCCCGAGACAAUACAGCAAAUUUCUUAUCCUGGUGCCGAGAUUUAGGGGUGGAUGAAACGUGUCUAUUUGAAUCGGAAGGUUUGGUCCUCCACAAGCAACCCAGAGAAGUGUGUCUCUGUCUGCUAGAGCUUGGCCGGAUUGCAGCCAGGUAUGGUGUGGAGCCUCCUGGUUUGAUAAAGCUGGAAAAAGAGAUUGAACAAGAAGAAACACUUUCUGCCCCUUCUCCUUCACCUUCUCCUUCAUCAAAGUCUUCUGGAAAAAAGAGUACAGGAAACUUACUGGAUGAUGCAGUGAAACGAAUUUCUGAAGAUCCUCCUUGCAAAUGCCCAAACAAGUUCUGUGUGGAGCGGCUCUCCCAAGGAAGAUACCGAGUGGGAGAAAAGAUCCUCUUCAUUAGGGGCUGGGAAAAUGGAAACCUUACAUAACAAGGAGAUGAGGACUGACCGGCAGUUGGCGUUAAGUGCUCCUACACAUAUUUCCAAGCAGAUGCAAAUGGAACUUUUCACCAGUCCAUCAUCAUAUGUCACUUGCUUGCUGCUUUUCCCAUGUUUGCUUCCAGAAAGAGGCUACUGAAAGUCAUUUGUCUCUACAAAGAGCCUACUUUAUGAAGCUGAAUUCCCUCCCCCAUCAGAGGGAAACAAUUACAGCAAGCCAGGAACUUCUUUCUGUUCAGUUCCAAUAGUCAGAAUAUUUCUGACCCAAGGCCCUGUCCAUGUUGGGAGAUUGGUUCUCAACAUCUAGGGCACUAUAGUAGUUCACCCUUCAAAUAAAGGUUUGAGGAUUACAUUCACCCUAAUGUAUGAUUUAUCACUGGAGACAAUGUCUCACAACUGGGCAUCAGAAGACUAGUGCACUGUGUGUCCUUGAGCUACCCACUUAACCACUAUUUCUCUAUCCAGAUAAUGGUAACAGUAAUACUUGCCUACUGAGCCACUGGGUAAUUGUGAUAACAAAAUUAAAUAGGAGGAAGUACUAUCAGGAUUUUAAUAAGAUUUCAUUUUUGAAUGUGAGCUCAAGGGCUAAGCACGCUGGCUGCAGCUAACUUUCAGCAUUUUUGUAUGGCUAAAACAAUGAGGUUCAGAUUCAUAAAUUGUUCCAAGCAUGUAAAGCACCUUCUUUAUUGUGGUUUUGGGCUUCAUUCCCAGUUGGGCAAUAUGAUCAUCAGCAAGGACUUCAUAAAAUGGCAAUAUGUAUCCCUAAAGAAAAGAGGUGUUGCCCGUGGAAGAUAAAAACUCAGGUGACUAUAACCCUUGGCAAAGUCACUUUAGGAUGUAUAGUUGAGUGGUAAUGAGUAUUAUCUGAAUCCUAAGAGAUUUUCAAAACUGAACUUUGUUGCUUCUUAGCUAGGUGACCUUGGGCAAUUCACUUAACCUUGUCGAGCCACUGUUUUCUCAUUUUUAAAUAUGGACAUAAUGCAAACCACUUAGAGUUGCUCCAAGGAUUAAAUGAAAUAAAACCUGUAAGAACCUUAUCAUUAUCAGUGGCAGCAGCAGCAGUACAACAUUAUUAUUUAAAAAUAACGAUAGCAGGCUAUUAUUGAGUCUACACCAUGUUCCAGGCACUGUUUCUACAUGCUUACACAUAUUAAUAUCUGUGUGUGAACAACUAUGGGAGGAAGAAAUUACCAUAGUCAUUAUUUUGCAGAUGAGAAACUGAAACACAGAUUAAAUAAAUUUAUUCUGGUCAUACAGCAAGUUGGCAGCCUGAUAAAGGAAAAACAAAUAGGAGCUUCUGCUCUGUUUACUGUUAUUUAUCUCUCUGACGUUUUAUCUAAGAAAAGGCUGUAAUAAGCUAAAGGACUAUUGGGAAGUUAAAAUGAGAUAGUAAAUAAGAUAAUAAAUAAGAAAAAAUGCUUGUAAACUGUAAAACGGUAAUUCCAGAAGUUUUUCCACAAAUUACAUGUGAUUUGUAAUCACGUGUAACUAGAGAAGUUGAAAGGAAUUCCCCACCUUUGGCAAGGAUGUCUUUAAGUGUCAUUUGUUAUUAGUAGGGCCUCAGUUUGCCCUGCUAACAGGUGAUCUUAUCAGUUUUCUUGAAAAUGCUAGAAUCAAGCUUUCAACAUGGCAAACUAUCCAUGGAACACCUGCUGUCUCACUCCUCCAUGUGUCAAGGUACCUCAGGGAGAUAGCUGAAUUCCCAAUCGCCCAAUUUUGAGCAUAUGCCAUUUCAGAAUAAUAUUAGACAAUGACAGAGUCUGUUGUCUUAUAAAUUAAUUUAACAUUCUUCCUCUGGAGAGCAGAUGACUGCAUUCUAAAAACAAUAUUUUCUCUCGAGUUAUGAUGGCUUGUAAAAACACACAGUGAAUGGAGUUGACAAGAAGGUGUUGGGAAGCAUAUGAUAUCCCAGGGGGCUGAACAGAUCUAAAUUUAGGUGAGUUGUCUCUACUAGGCAGUUGGUGUCAGAUACCAUUGCCUCUUAAAAGGAUGACUUCAGUGAAGAGCAGUUAACAGAUUGUGCAGAAACAUGAGCCUCUGUGGUCCAUUAAGUGGGGAAUCGUUUAAUGAGACCCAGAGUUGCACUGAGGGAACCAUGGCACUUAAGCAUUAAAAGACAGAAAAGGAAGGGGUGAAAAUUUUAUGAAGCAAUUUAUUACUCCUGUAAACCAUGUAUUUUAAAAAAUGCAUUCCGGGUAUAAUAAGAACUUGUGAAUGAAAAUCAUGAAGAGAAUAAUGUACUUAAUUCACUAUGGAUUCUGUCAUGAUAUUUGUUUCUUCUCUUUUUGCUUCCCUUUUCCCCAUUUCUUCUUCUUCUAUUUCUCUCUUGAUUCUCAAUACAAUCUCCCACUUUCUUAUGCAAUUCCUAUUAUAGCUUCAAUUUCUGACCCAAAUCUAUCUUUCUCUCGAAGAAAUUCUCUAAGCAAAAAUUGGUCUGAAUUAUCAUUCACACACAGAUUUUUUUCAGACUCCUCUUUCUAAAUAAGGGCAUAAACCAUUUUACCUUUCUCUUUCUCCUAUCUUUUCAUAAAUAAGCAACACGGAUAUAAUUUAUAAAGGUAGUGUUGCUUGGAAUGGGGCAUUGGUAAGUAUUAGUUUUGUUCAUCCAGUCGUUUAGCAUGCAUUUAUUCAUUUAAUAUUUAUCUAAUAAGCAUUGUGUGCCUGGCACUGUGCUAGGCCGCCAGGGUAUGAAAUUUAGCAAGGAAUAACCUUGACUGCCACUCAACAAAUAUUUGUUGAAUGAUCAAAGGAAGGGAUUCACUUUAAUUCACCUAGUGAAUGGGGAACAAUUCUCUGCAUGUAUAAAGGCACGAAACUUUCUUGGGAUUUUAAGUUCACAAUAUCUAUGGAGUGAGUAAUUUGUUGAGUGGGCCUGGGCUCAGAAGGUGGAACUACAUACAGUAUAGUACAGUUGUGCAGUGCACAUCCUGAACAGUCAUACAUGAUAACUCUGGCAUAGUAAGAAAGAAUGUGGGAAAAGAAAAUAGUGGCUGGGCUAUAAAGUGCUUUGUGAGCCAGGUUACUUAUUCUUAUGGAGGGAUGAGGGUAGAAGUAAAAGAGAAGGUAUCAGAAUUGCUGUCAAAUUUUCCACAUUAUGUAUGCUUCUGACCACCAUGGGGAUGCUGAUAUCCUCCCCUUACCCCCACUGCUUUCCCAGGAUCUUCGCCGCAUUGCUAAUUUACUGUGAGUCGUAUUUCUCAGGUGAGCUGUAGCUAAGAAUGUCUGAGAAACACUAGACAAUGGAGAGCCACUCACAGGUUUUUAAGAAGGUGGUAGCAUGUUCAGAUUUUCCUUUGAGGAAGAUUACUGUGGCUCUGGAGUAGACGGUGGAUUAGUGAAGAGUGAGAGAUGAGGGGAUAUCCUGCUGAAAAGCGUUCAUGUCCUCAAGGUCUAAUGACAUCUGUGUUCAGAGCACUUGACAGAUACUCCUGCUGCCCUCAGUUUUCAGGGCCACCAGCGCAAUAUUAGAGACAGAAUGAAACAGAUUUGUCACUGUCAUCCUGAGAGGGCGAUGACACCUGACACAUUUCAUACGAAUUAUGAUUUCAAACAGACAGGGACAUUCAAGCAGAUCUAUGCUGGGGAAUUAAAUAAAGCUAUAAAAUAUAAACAUGAAUCUUUUCAUUUAAAAUUCUCAUCUAAAAGACAUUUCCUGUUGGGUAGUUUUUAUUUUUGUUAGUGGUUUUGCUUGUUUGUUGUUUAUGUAAUAUAGCUAAGAUAUAUACAGCUUGGUUAUCUUAAAAAACAAGUACGUUACCAAUAAAUACAUAUUUUUUUCUGGCUCUCCUAUGUGGCCAUUACUUUUUCAUUUAGUAAAACAUAUGAUUUUCUGUGAUCUACAUGAAUGUAGGCUUUACCUUUUCAAUGAAAAGUGAGUUGAUAUAUUUCUGUUUCUAAACACAAAUGUUCCCAAGAUAAAGGAAAAGACAUUCUUCUUUUUUUAUUGCUUUAAGUUCUUAACUCCAUAUAAUAUGAUUCCAGCCUGUCUUGCUAAACUACAUAAUUAAGAGAGAGGGGAAAAAAACUCCUUUCUGAAAUCCUGUUAUCACAUAUCAUAGGAGCCAGAGCACUAGACCCCUUGAUACUGCAGUGACCUCCCCAAGACCCACAGGAAGCUGCUGACUGAUCAUUUCUACAACUUAACGAAAUUUUCAUUAUGUUCUAAGUUAACAUGGGAAAGUUAACUUAUUUCAUUUCAACUUAUUUUUCCCCUUUGGAUUAAGUAUCUGGAUGAGCUAAGAAACUUCAUUGGGGUAGGGGCAUGGGAGUUUUUUUUUAUUUUAUUUAAUGUUAGGAAAAUAAAAUUAAAAGGUCUCAAAAAUGUGUAUUCAAUUCAGUAAAACAUAGAUAGUGACUUACCUGACAUGACGUAAUAAAUCACUGCUGUAUCAAUAUAUUAAAUGAUAUGCCCACCAUUAAAUAUUGCAUUCAUUAUUAGGAAAAUAAUUUUUGAAAUAACACAGCUCCUUAAUUAUAAGGUCGUAUGCUAGAUGGGGAAUAAAGAUGUGGUUUCUAGCCUGGCUCUGGUGAACCACCUAUGUGACCUUCUCUAAGACUGUGCAUCUGUGAAACAUUGCCAGUGACCUCGAUGUUUCUUUUUAAUCCUCUUAAUUUCUACAGGGCAUAUUUGUAGAUUACUUGGCACAUAGUAAGCACUCUACUAUUGUAUGACUCUAUGUCAUCCAAGGAAACACUUUCCCUCUUACUGUCACAUAUGAAGAGGUUUUCUAAUUAAAACACAUAAUUAAGCAUCACAGUAAGACAAAGUCAUGAAACAAAAUGCUCUUGAUUAAGAAUGGGAGUGUUUCUUCUCAUUACUGAGAGAAAAUAUAAAAAAAAAAGCGAAAAGACAACUUUGAGGCAUAUUGAUUCUUUCCUCUUGACAAGGAAUGUGUAUCAUUAAUAGAAACAAAGAAACGAUUUACAGUGUUUGCAACAGCCUGAUUAUGCUUAUAGAGCUUCAUUAGGGCCACUGGGAUAAAAGCUGAGAUAAUUUCCAACCAUCAUUCUGAGCAAACUAUCACAAGGACAGAAAACCGAACACCGCAUGUUCUCACUCACAGGUGGGAAUUGAACAGUGAGAACACUUGGACACAGGGUGGGGAACAUCACACACGGGGGCCUGUUGUGGGGUGGAGGGAGGAGGGAGGGAUAGCAUUAGGAGGUAUACCUAUGUAAACGAGGAGUUAAUGGGUGCAGCACACCAACAUGGCACAUGUAUACAUAUGUAACAAACCUGCAGGUUGUGCACAUGUACCCUAGAACUUAAAGUAUUUAAAAAAAAAAAAAAAAAAGCUGAGCUAAGAUUUUGGUCACUGUCUUUUUUUUCCCCCUUUCAGAAUUGAGAAAUGUUGCUUAAGUCAGUAAUGGAUUGCCUCGACUUUGCUAUGACCAGAGGCACAGUAAGGAAUGAAACCAAUUGUUAAAAAUGAUGACAGCCAUAAUAAAACCUAACAUGCAAAAACUACUGCUUUGCAACAUAUAGUGUUGGAGGCUAUUUGUAGCAACUCUUUUAUUUCUUAUCAACAACAAAAAUAAUGAAAAAUAACAAACACCAACAUAGGACUAAAUACUCGAUAUUCAAUAUAGUCAUGUACUCUAUAACAAUGUUUCAGUCAAUAAGAAUGGUUCUGUAAGAUUUUAAUACAGAUUUUUACUGUACUUUUUCUAUGUUUGGAUAUCUUCAGAUAUACAAAUAUUACCAUGUAUUAUAAUUGCCUAUGUAUUCAGUACAGUAAUUUGCUGUACAGGUUUGUAGCCUGGAAGCAACAGGCUAUCCUAUGUAGCUUAGGUGUGUAGUAGGCUGUGCCAUCUAGUUUUGUGUAAGUACACUCUAUGAUGUUCACACAGUGGUGAAAUUGCCUAACACACAUUUCUCAGAAUGUGUUCUCAUUGUUACGUGUUGCACAACCAUUCUUCAAUUGACAUAUGCAUUGAUGCUACUGGUCAAGAGCCGCUACCUUUUGGAAUGAAGAACACAAAGUUCAACUCUGUGAAGCAUUAAAAUAAAAAACCAGUGAGAUAUACACUGGACAGAAAUCAAAGUCCCUUCUUACUUAUGCCAACAGAUAACUAGUAUAUUCCGUCGUGUUACCUCACUAGACACAUUUACUUCUGAAAUAAUAAGGGCUACUUGAGGAUAAUCUUCUGAAAUUAAAUUUAAUGUUUAUUUAAGAUUUAUUAGGACAUAAGCCUAUGAAUCAUUUUAAAUGAACACAGUUAAUCUGCUUACACUACUUAACUACUUCUGAUAUUAGUGAUGUCUUGCCUGUGCUGAAUUAUCACAGGUAAGUAACCAAGCAUGGGUGAAAACCAAAAUCUAGCACUUUGCAGAAUAUGCAGGUAUGGUUUAAUGGAAUAAAGGAUUCUUGUCCCAGUUCUGCUACUGAUUUGUUGUGUGAUCCUGCCUAAGUUGCUUAACUUCUCAGAGCAUCAGUAUUCCUAUCUAUAAAAGGAGUAAUAUUGAUAAUGACAUUAUAGAUUAGAUAAAGUGAGUACAACCUGUGGAAGUAUCAAACUAAAAGAAGUAUUAUAUGAUAACAGUAUUGACCCUGUUCUGAGCUUGCAUAUAUGAGAUUCCAAAAAUGAAGACUACAUCAUCCCUCUCUUCAGAGAGCUCACAUAUUCUGAAAAGGGACAUACAGGUAAAUCAGCAGUUGCAAUAUUGUGGGAUGCAUGUAACAGUGAAAUCAUGUAUAAACUAAACAGUACACAGCAAGGAAGGGUUCACUUACCUGGGGAAGGAGAUGACCAUGGAAGAUUUUCCAGUUGGGGGUGAUGUUUUGAACAUCAGGGAAGAAGCAAGGGCUAGAGUUAUAAUUUGGGAAACAAAAGUAGGUGGUAGUGAAAUCCAUGAAGUUGCAAAUAGAGAAUGGUUAGAGUCAGAAAAGCAGUAGACAAAGGACAGAAUAUGUUGGAAUGGCAAAACUUAAUGUAGAAGAAAUGUAACCUAUCAAGGAGGCAGAGAAAGAACAGUGAGAUAUGUAGCAGGCGAUUCAGGAGACAGACUUGUCACAGGUAGUCAAGAAGUGGGGAGUUUCAAGGAAGGAGUGGUCAAUAUCAUUAGAUACCUUGCUUGACAAAGUUAUCAUGAAAAAUAAAGUUUAAGGACCAUAUAUUGUAUUUGAUACAUUAGAAGCCAUCUGGCUCCCUUUCUCUGUGCAGUCAGUUAAGAGGUAGAGGGCAGAAGCAAAGUGUACUGUAGGUUGUACCGUGAUGAGCAAGUGAAGACACCAAGUGUGAAUGUAACUAUCAAGAAGGUCAGAUGUAAGGAGAAAGUAUGAAAAUAAGAGUGGAAAUUAAUGAGAGUUAGAACAUAGUGGGAGGAAUUGAACUUGGACAGGAGAACUUCUGAGGUAAGAAAGGUGGAGUAAAUGAUAAAUAUAGAUUCAGGUAUAUUGGCCAGUAGAGGUGUAAAGAAAGGAUGCAUGCUUGAUAAAGGUGAAGUCAUCGGUAGGCUGAUGGAGGGUGGGGACAAGUAGUGUGUUUGAGAAUAAUAGAUAAAAAUGGGAAAUGGAGCUGACCAAAACUAAAAGGAUCAAUUAAUUGCAAUUGGCCUAAUGCCACUAAUCUGUGAGAUGGAAGAGUUCUUGGAUGAAGUAUAUAAUCUUCCUUCUAAACCAGCUCAGCAUCUGUGCUGGAAAAGCUCAUUGUAGUGCAAGCAUUCUAGGGAAAGGGAGGGAAGAGUUUGAAUAAUAAUAGCAGGCUGAUUUGCUUUUAGGUUAAACAGUGGGAGUGUGGUUUAUGGAGAUGGAGGUGAGUGUUCAAUUUUUUUUUUAGAUCGAUCACAUAACAGAAAAGCAUGGAAUUUGAAUCUCUAUAAUCAGAGCUAUAAAUCUCUAUGACAGUAACAUCUUUUUUAAAAAAGAAUUUAUAUAUGGGUCCGCUUCUAUUUACGUAUGUAUUUGUUUAAAUUGACAGAUAAAAUUAUAUGUAUUCAUCAUGUAUAACAUAAAGUUUUAACAUACAUAUAUGUUGCAGAAUCACUAAAUAGAGCUGAUUAACCAACGUAUUACCUACAAAGUUAUCAUUUUGGGGCAAGAACUCUUAACAUCCACUCUUUUUGCAUUUUCUUAAUUAAGGAAGCAUACAAUAUAUCAUUCUUCACUAUAGUCACCAUGCAGUGCAACAAAUCUUUUGGACUUAUUCCUCCUAUCUUACUGUAAUUAUAUAUCCUUUGACUAACACCUUCCUAUCACCCUCACCCACCAACAACUUCUGCUUCUAGUAACCACCAUUCUUUUCUCUACUUCUAUGAGAUCAACAUCUUUAGAUUCCACAUAUGAGUGAAAUUGUUGCAGAAAAGGGGUCUGGAUCCAGACACCAAGAGUGGAUUCUUGGAUAAGUCCACAGAGUAAAGUGAAAGCAAAUAUGUUAAGAAAGUAAAGAAAUAAAAGAAUGGCUACUCCAUAAACAGAACAUCCCUGAGUGCUGUUGGUUGCCCAUUUUCUGAUUAUUUCUUGAUGAAAUGCUAAACAAGGGGUAGACUAUUCAUGCCUCCCCCUUUUGGACCAUAUAGGGUAACUUCCUGAUGCUGCCAUGGCAUCUGUAAACUGUCGUGGCACUGGUGGGAGUGUCCAGUGAGGAUGACCAGAGGUCACUCUCGUCGCCAGCUUGGUUUUGAUGGGUUUUGGCUGGCUUCUUUACUGCAACCUGUUGUAUCAGCAAGGUUUUUAUGAGCUGUGUCUUGUGCUGACCUUAUCCUAUAUCUGAUCCUAUGACUUAUCCUGUGAAAUAUCUCAUUCUAUGACUUAGAAUGCCUUAACCAUCUGGGAAUGCAGCCCAGGAGGUCUCAGCCUCAUUUUACCAAGCCCCUAUUCAAGAUGGGGUUGCUCUCAUUCACAUGCCUCUGACAAAAUCAUAUGGUAUUUUUAUCUUUCUGUGCCUGGCUUAUUUCAUGUAACACAAUGUCCUCUGGGUUCAUUCUUGUUGUUGCAAACAACAGGAUUUUCUUCUGUAUUAUGGCUGAGUAGUAUUCCAUUAUGUAUAUAUACCACAUUUUCUCUGCCCAUUCAUCCAUUAACGGACAUGUAGGUUGACGCCAUAUCUUGGCUAUUGUGAAUAGUGCUGCAGUAAACCUGGGAGUGCAGAUAUCUCUUUGAUAUACUGGUUUCAUUUCGCUUGUAUAGAUACCUAGUGGGGAAUUGCUGGAUCACAUGGUACCUUUAUUUUUAAAAUUUUGAGGAAUCUUUAUGCUGUUUUCCAUAAUGGCUAUACUAACUUGCAUUUCCACCAAUAGUGUGUAAAGAUUCCCUUUUCUCCACAUUCUUGCCAACACUUGUUAUCUUUUGUAUGACCCUAAUAUCUUAAUCUCAAGCUUGAAAUCUUCAAACAGCUUAGCCACUGGCUUUCUUAGCAAAUUAUAGGUUACUGAUUAGCAAGGUCUAACUGAGACGUCAGCAAGAAUAACUCAGAAUUGAAAAUCUGUUUACUAGAGUAUAUCCCCAGACAGGGCCACCUAUUUCAUGGAGAGAGGUUGUAAGGUUUGCUGUGGAAACCUCAUAAUAUUGACCUAAAACCCUUCCAUCUCCCAAGAGUAGCCAAAAUGAGGCAUGAGGAAAGAUAAUGGAUUCCACAAUUACUCCUCUUCAGUAUGAAAUCAAUAUUCUUCUUUGAAGAUGUAGGAAGUCCUUUCUGUUUUAAGUAUUAUGGGUAAGUACAUGAAUCAUGGAUGCUUACGCCCUUGUUAAAUACAGCAUCAAGAAAGCAUUCAGUGAAAGGCAAUAGUGUAUUUAUGUAUGUUUUCAUUUUUUUCAGUGUAGCUUAGAAACAGAAAAGCAAAGAAAAAAGAAAAAACAACUCCUUCAAAGCAAGAGAGAAGCAUUUUACAGUUCUGAUAAAUUUAUAAGGACCCAAGCGGCAGAGCACUGACUAGGUCCAUAGAGAAGAUCAGGAAAAAUAUAAACUGUCUUUGCAAUAAUUGGAAAAUCCAAACAAACUACUAAGGCUCAUACCUAAUAGAAAUCUUCCAAGAGAAAGAAACCUCUGAUAUCUGAUUUUACUGUUAGUAAUGUCCCAUUCUUAAGGUGUCCAUAUAAAGCAGUGUCUCAUGUAAGAUGUUUUACAGGAAGUUGCAUCUGUUUCUAAAAGGAAAACAAUUCUCUAAUUUUGUGGAAGACGUUUUUAAAAUGUAGGUAUAAAUUGUCUUUUCAUUAUUUCCUUUAAAAGCCUGGGAGUGGAAGGAGGUCAGCUCAUGCCUUUGGAGAAAAACACCUCUCCAGUUACUGCCUACAGAACCACAGUCAAAGGGAAAUUGUCACCAAUACACCAGCGGUUUGGUCUUUGUCCUAUUGCUCUCUGUGUGGAAAGCCAAUCACUAGGCAAUGAGUGUUGCCAGGAAAGAAGGCUUUUUCAGGUGCUGCAGCCUAUAAUGGGAGAUCAGUCCCAAAUCCAUCUCAACUGACUAAAAUUAGGGGUUUAUAUAGCAGAGAAGAAAUGUAACUAUGUAUAGGAAAACAGGAAUUAGGGAUGGGCAAGGAGGAGAAGUUGGUUACAAGAAGCAGGUGGUCCCUUAGGCAAUCAUGAUGGGUGAGGGGUCUGGCUCCCCUAGUCCAGAUGUGAUGAUCUGGUAAGUUUCAGUUGCUUGACACUGUCUGGGAGGCCUGAUAAUUGAUUUUCUGAGAAAAGAACUCAGAUAAGACAGUUCUAACUUUCUCAAAUUUUAAGACUGGGAGGGUCAAUGUCUAUGUUUAUUCAAAAGAAAUCAUAAACAUCAGUUCUAUGGGACACUUGGGCAAGUUUCAAAAGGAUGAGAUAAUCUCAUGAAAAACCUAGAUUCGGGUUUCAAAAUGAGAAAACAGCAAAUAUAUCCCUCUGCCUCACAAUCACACAAAAUCAAUCAACAAAGCUGUAUGCCUCCUCCAACUGUAAAGGAACCUUCACAUGAUGAAGCUAGACUUUGGAGAUGGAUGUUAUUCACAAAAAUACAAUUAUGUCCAUUAGACUCCUCUUACAAAGGCAGGAAAGUAAACCUAGAUACAUUGUAAAAGUAUUUUUUGCUUAUCCUCCCCUAUUGACUGUGGUAAGAAUAUUGGACUGAAACCAACAUCUGCAAUAGAAAGGAUGUGGAAGAGGAAGUGAGCAGAAAUUUAAUUCCUGUAUUAUUCAUAUUCGAUAUGGGACUCUGUUUCAUGCUGUAUCCACUUUGCAAAGUACUAUGGAUUCAUUAAGAAAGUAGCAAACUGAAUAUGUGCCUAAAUGGCCAGCAUACUCCAGGCUGAAAAGUGUUUCUGUCACUGCUUCCUAGAAUUGUUUAAAAACUGUUGUGACUGGUGGUUCUUUCUGGUUGAAAUGGCCUGCUCACAAACACUGAAUUAGACUUGGGCAUUUUGCCAGGGGCAUUGAUACCGAGAAUGUUUGGAGGCAAGUCUUAAAUGUAAUUUGCAGAGCUAGGAGGUGCCAGAACUUCAAAAUAGGCAAAGUUGCUCUCUCGAACAGUGGUAGAAAGAAUCAAAGUGUUAUUCUGACACUGGCCUUUGCAGUUUUUGUCCCAGUGACUUCAAGUUUUGGAAGCUGGCAGUAAGACAUAUGCAGAAAUUUGUGGGAAUAUGACUAUGUGGAUGAAAUUAUAAAAGCCCUAGUUGAUUUUAUUUCUUUAGUAAAAACUGUCAUGAGUAAAGGACUAGACUGGAGUCAGGUGCUAAGAAUCUGGCUCCAGUCCAACCUGACUCCACUCAGGUUCUUGUUUUACAGAUGCGGACACUGAGAACCAGAUCUUUGAUUUGAUUUGCUUGGGUCCUAAAAUCUGGUUCUUAGUGUCUACAUCUGUAAAACAACAUGGUACUGUGACCGAAACACCACGGGUUAGAUCCUCUUGCUUGCUACACAGAAAGCUAAUCACUAAGACAAUGAGUAUUGCCAGGGAAGGAGGCUUUAUUUGGGUGCUGCAACCAAGAAGAACAAAUCAGUCUUGAAUUCAUUUCACCAAUCAAUUAAAAUUCAGGGUUUCUAUAAUGGGGAAGGAAUGUAGCUACAUGUAGGAAAACAGGAAUUUUAGGGAGGGGCAAGGAGUCUGGCAUUUAAUUGUCUGGUGUCAUCUGUUCCUUGCCUAAAGGUCAGUUUGCUGAGGAAGAAACUCAGAUAAGACCAAUUUAAGUUUCAAGUUUAAGACAAGGGAGGGUCAAUUUCUAUAUUUAUUUAUUAUUAUUAUUAUUAUUUGAGAUGGAGUCUCACUCUGUUACCCAGGCUGGAGUGCAGUGGCACAAUCUCAGCUCACUGCAACCUCUGCCUCCCAGGUUCAAGCAAUUCUCUUGUCUCAGCCUCCCAAGUAGCUGAGACUACAGGUGCCUGCCACCACGCCCAGCUAAUUUUUGUAUUUUUUUUUUUUUUUCAGUAGAGAUGGGGUUUCACCAUAUUGGUCAGGAUGGUCUCAAACUCCUGACCUCAGGUGAUCCACCCGCCUCGGCCUCCCAAAGUGUUGAGAUUACAGGCAUGAGCCACCACACCCGACCAUAUUUAUUUAUUUUUAAAAGUAAAUAUUAGUUCUAUGCGACACUUGAGCCAAUUUCAGUACCACUGGGAGGGCCAGGAAAGGCAAAGUAGUUACAAGCUAAACCCUCUUUUUGUCUGCUUUAUAUUUCAGGGGUUCUCAUUGAGAUUUUGUUUAAUGAGUACGUUCUGAUGCUCAAAUAAGUUUGAAGACUUCCAGCUGGAAGAUGUGUUCUAAGGUCCUUUUGUUACUGAAAUGUCAGAGGUUCUGUCUAGGUCCUGCUGCUCACUGCAUAGAACACCAGUCACUGAAACAAUGAGUAUUUCCAGGGGAAAAAGCUUUAUUUGGGUGCUGCAGCCAAGGAGCUAGGUGAUCAGUCUCAAAUCCAUCUACCUAAUAGACUAAAAUUAAGGGUUUAUAUAGCAGGGAAGAAAUGUAGCCAUGAAAACAGGAAUUAGAGAAGGGUAAGGAAGAGGAAUUGGUCAACAGGAAGCAGAUGGUCUAUUAGGCAAUCACAACAGAUGAGGGGUCUGAUGUCUCAUUGUCCAGAUGCGGUGUUCUGGUAAGUUUUAGCUCCUUGAUACUAUCUGGGAGGCCUGAUGGUUGGUUUCCUGAGAAGGAAACUCAUAUAAGACAAUUGUAAUUUUCUCAAAUUUUAAGACUGGGAGGGUCAAUUUCUAUAUUUAUUCAAAAGAAACCACAAACAUCAUUUCUGUGGGACAGUAGUGCUGGUUUCACUUUCUGUUCUAAAAUUCUAAUACUCUAAAUGAGAAUAACCAGUAGAAAUACAUUUCAUUCUUAUAAAUCAAAUAGUUUUAAUUACUAUUUUUCAUUAAAUUUUUAUUAGUUGGUACAAUGUUUGAUUUUGAAAACUGCUUCAUGUCAACCACAUAAAUGAAGUUCUGUGAAACCCCCAAAUACACAUGCAGAAAUUUUAGAUACAGGCAUAUAGAAAGCAGGUCCAAAACCUUUAUCAAAACCUACAUGAAAGUGGUAAGAAUACAAGUCAUCUCCCACUGGCUGGGAGUCAAAAAAAAGUCUAGAUCUCAAGCUGAUGCCAAGUAAGAAGAAUUGAAACAGAUUUUAUAGGCUCUAUGAUGUGAUUUCCCAGACUUUCUCUCACAAUCACAUCCUCUUCCCAACAUUACAGUGCCCAUAUGUAUCCACAACAUUUUGGGCAGGAGAGGGAGUCAGCAGGGUCUUUGAUGAUCAUGGAACAUUACCUCUUAAUAUUAAAUUUUCUGAUAUUUGCAAGAAGCCGAUGACAAAUUAUUUGGUUUUCCAUGUCAAACCUCCAUGAUAUAUUUUUACUAGAUACAAAGAAUCAUGCAUUCUUCACAUUUAAAUCAAUAACCUUGUUAAGUUGGAGCUCUAGAUGGCUCCUGGGCCUAGGGGUAAGUUGUUUGUUUUAAAAGACAUAUUCUACGAUAAUUAGGAAGAAAAAGAAUAAAGAAAAACAUAAAUGUUUGCCUAUUCAAAAACACCUUGCCUUCAAGGGCUCAGAUAAUGACUGGGGAAAAUUCCAAUAAUUUUUUUAGUGCAUUUUCAAUGUUAUUUUUUUUAUUGAGUAUUUGUCUGACUCUUAGCAUUGUAAUUCAACAGCAGACAUUUCCAUGGUCCUUAAAAUCCUGAUUCAGAGGGGAAUAACCCACUGGGAAAAAUGGAGCACUAAGCUGAGUCAGUAGGCAGGAACCAGAGGCAGUGAUAAGAACUGUAAUAGAAGAUCAGAUGUCGGAGAGAAGCCUCCAGACACAUUAAACCAAAGAAUUAUACAUAGAUGCUGGUUCCCAUAGCACAGCAAAGCUGGGUUCUGGAGAUGUUUAUCCUUAUCACUUCCACAGAAAAAACAGGACUUCUUUCAUAGACUAUAUGCUAACUCAGACAUUUUGCACCAAGUAGAAAAACGAUGGGUCAUGAAAUACAAACCAAAACACUAAUUUCACUAGAACCAGGGGUUGAUUCAAGCUACUGUAAGAAUUCUCAGAAUUUAACACUUUUGAUAUUUUUUCA